AUGGAAAUCGACGGCAAUCCAGCCAGCAUAAUCAAAGACAAGGACCUGUUCAAGGCGGCGGAGUCCGGCGAUAUAUCAGUUUUCCGAUCGCUCUCCGAAGAGCAGCUCCUCAAAGACAGCUCGCUCCGAAACGAAGAUGGCCGCUCUCUCCUACACGUCGCCGUUUCGUCCUCCCAGCCCGAGGUGGUGGAAAUUUUAUCGGCUGCUGGCCCAUCGGUUGUGAAUAGUUGUGAUGAAGAAGGCUGGGCUCCCCUGCACUCAGCUGCGAGCAGCGGCAACUUAAAAAUUAUCGAGAUUUUACUGGACAGAGGAGCUGACGUGAAUCUGAAAAACGACGGUGGCCGCACGGCCCUCCAUUAUGCUGCUAGCAAGGGCCGGCUGAAGAUAGCUGAAAUCCUUGUCUCGCAAGGAGCAAAACUCAACAUCAAAGACAAGUUUGGAUGUACCCCAUUGCAUCGUGCAGCGAGCACGGGAAGUGCAGAGUUGUGUGAGUUCUUGAUUGAGGAAGGAGCAGAGGUUGAUGAUGUUGAUAGAGCAGGUCAAACUCCCCUCAUGACUGCUGUAGUAUGUUGUAACAAAGAGGUAGCCCUUCUUCUUAUAAGACAUGGAGCUGAUGUUGAUGCCAAGGAUAAAGAAGGAUACACAGUUCUCGGCCGAGCAUCUGAUGAUUUACGCCCAACUGUAAUCGAUGCUGCUAAGGCUAUGCUGGAAGACUGA